GUAUCCUCGCACGCGAACUCUGACAGCGUCAACACAACUCCAGGAACAUGAAAAGAUCGGGUGACAGUGAGGGGGAGAAGAGAAGAAAGAAGAGGAGGUUAUUACAGGAGUUGGGAGACCAAAAGAUUCCCUUUAGAGGACCUUCUGAUAAGGGCUUUAAGGAACUGUGGGACACCAGUUACUCCGGCCUGGUUCUGAAGAGAGCCUGCUCGUUGCCAGCCGAGCUCCACUGCAGAGUCCAGGCCGCUCUGCUCACCUUGCGCAAGAAGGGCUGCCUCUUGAGAGAUCUGGUCCGUGUCCGUGACCGGGACGUCUUCACGUCUGUGUCACGUGCUCUGCUGGGUGAGCCGGGCCAUACCUACCGCUACCUGGACACUAGGCUCUUUGCCAUCCCCUGGCACAAUGAGGACACUGAGGUUAAAGGGCAAAACUGUUGCGACCCAGGUCUGAGGGCAGCUUGCAAAGCCUUGUGGGAGCUCAAUAGCUUCUUCUGCUUGGACGUGUCUCACCUGAAAGAAGAAGACAGGAUAGCCCAAAUUGCAAAUGUGGUUCAGGAGACAGUGGCCAAGGCAAGCGAUGAGGCUGAUGUGGAGUCCAAACACAGCGAGGACUCCAGGAACAGUGAAGGAGGCGACUCGGACUUUAGGCAAAGCGAGGAAGGGGAUACGGAAUCCAAGCACAGCGAGGAAUGGGACGUGGAGUCCAAACACAGUGAUGAAGGUUGUUCGACAUCAAAAAGGGAUAGUGAUUGGGAGACGGUGUCCAAAAACAGUAGUGAGGAGGGAGAAUCCUCCCAGGGCAAAGUGACCGAUUCCGGGUUGGAGCACAGUGAAGGAAAAUGUCCCACCUUGGCGCUAAAGACUGCCGAUGUCUCGCCAACAGAAGAGCUUCAUGUGGCUCAUCUAAAACACAGUCUCUCAGAUUACCACAUUGAGGAUAAGGUGGCACCAGAAAGUGCUUCUGAGCCCGACCUGACGCAGGGAUUCACCAAAUCAGUCAAGUUCAACGUCACCUUACUCAACUACAUGGACCCGGCAAUCAUGAGCCACCUCAAAGAGGAACCCUAUUACGGCAUGGGGAAAAUGGCUGUAGGGUGGCACCAUGACGAGAACCUCAUCACUCAUUCACCGGUGGCUGUUUACACCUACAGUUGCCACGACAACAAAGGUGAGAGCGGUGAAUGCAGCGGUGAGAAGGCGAGCUGGAGAAUCGGCCUCAAGGUGGCCUGGGACAUCCACACACCUGGCCUGAUGGUGCCCCUCCAGUCUGGAGACUGCUAUUAUAUGAGAAAUAGCCUAAACAGCACCCACCAGCACUGCGUCCUUGCCGGAGAUGCCGUUCGCUUCAGCUCCACCCACAGAGUGGCUGAGUGUUCCAGCGGGACUCUGACCUACAUCCAGUCCCGGUGCCAGGAGGCCAUGUCCAACCUGCACACGGACCCGGACACCGGCUCCCGCAGCUUAACGACCCUGAGGCCGGCCACCAUGCAACGCUGCGAGGAGAUCCACAAUGAGGUGGAGUUUGAGUGGCUGCGUCAAUACUGGUUUCAAGGCCGGCGCUACACACGCUUCUGCAGCUGGUGGAGCAAACCCAUGGAGGAGUUGGAGAAAGACUGGAAAGUGAUGGAGACCAUGACUAUGCUGUUCUUGGCUAAAGUAGAGGAGGAUGGCCAAGCAAGUGAUGUCAGGAGAGAAAUGGCAGAGACACUCCUGUCUGCAUUGAUAGACAGACACCAGCAGAGGCAGACGUGGAGAGACAGGUGCCACUCCAGCCUGGCCCAGACAUUGCCCCCCGAGGAGGCCCCCGUAGACCGUCCCUUCUGGGGCGUGGACGACCCUGACAUGCCGCUUCCCUUUGAUUUGGCUGACAUCAUCAACCGAGUGGAGUCGCUGCUGUGGAGAAUGUGAAGGAUCCUUCAAGGCCUCUCAUAAUGGACGUGCAAGGAAAUGAGCAGAAAUCAGAAUACCAGCUUUUCCAACCGACCCCGACGUGAGCUGACGGCAAACCCAUUGCGAUUCUGAACGAGAGGAAUUUUUCAUUGCUUCAUCUCCAUCUCCUCGCAGCCCAAACCCUCAGUCCCUCUCGAUAUAAACGCAUCAUAGUGGCGCUUUAGUAACAUGCUAACAAGGCAAGCUUAGCAUCAAGCUACUAGUGUAACCACACGUAAAGUAACGAGGUAUUGGCAUUUCCGUGUAUAACUAUUUAUCAUGUCAUUGUAUCACUUAAUAUCAUGUAAUCCAGCUUUCUUUAGAGGGGGCGUUGUCAGUAUUCACAGUUUUAAAAAUGCUCUCAUGGUUCUCAAGUGAGGCCAUUUUGUUCCCGGACUGACCAAAGAAAGAAACCAGCAGUGUGUUCCAUUUUCAAGGAAAACCGAAUAUUGACUAAAUGAUGACUGACCUAAGAAAUCGGACUUACAAAGCUAAAACCACAUUAUGGAUCGAGAAUCUUGUUGAUUUUGAAUUCAGAGGAUAACAGUCAAAUCGCCAAUUUCUAGUCAAACUCAAAAUUUUCAUCUCUUAAGUCGUUCAAAACAAGCGCACUAAUGCUUUUGAAUGGCAUCCGUCUCAUUUCAAGUGAAAUAAACAAAUAUAGCAUUCAGUCGACCCUUAUCAGAACGCCAGCAACUGGUUUAUCCCAAAUGUUUAUUUUUUAUUAUUAUUAUUAUAAGGGUAAGAAUCACAUUGGUUUAUAAUUCCCAGACUGACCAAAGAAAAAAAGCAGCAAAUUUUCCAUUACGACGGCGUACGUGAGCCUACAGGAAUUCCCACCAGUCGUUUGUUCUCAAGUCGUCACGACGAAUGAAAGGAUGUCGAAAGUACAACACCAGAAUACCCUCCUUUGUUACAGCUGUUCAAUGGCGUUUAAUUACUCCGAAAGUGUCACGCACACUGGAAACCUGCUGGCCAAAGAACCAGCCGACACUUUUGGCAAAAGCCUAAAAGGUGGUGGUGGUGUGUGUGUUUUGGGGAGGAGGGGUCAGACGAUGAGACAGCGUAGCAGAUCUCCACAAUUAAUUUCUUUUCUCGAUGACUAUGAAGUAGACAAUUUCUGUUAAAAAUUAUGAUUGCACUCUUUUUUUGUACUUUUUAGUUUAUUGUUGAAGUUAUUGGUUGCCAAACACUGUUUUUCCUUUUUUGUUUUCCCUUGCUGCACCUUUGCUUAUUGUUGUUACCCGAGAGUUUUGUUUUGUAGCGCGGUAUUUUUUAGCGUUGUACGCAUCCCUUUGUACUUUCCCGUUGCCACAGCUUGUUCGCAAUAGGAAAGGCAAAAUUCAAUAAAGUAUGGCAUUUUAUCUGCUA